AUGGGCGUCCCCAUCAUAUUCCCGGAGGACUACCACAAGUUCGCCCAGGAAGCCGACAAGGACGAACAGUCUCCCUCCUUUCGCUCGCGCUUUCACAUCCCUACACUGGCCGACAUUCACCGUCCAACCCUUAAUCCCGCAACCAACGAAGCACCCUCCUCUGAGCCCUGCACCUAUCUCUGUGGCAACUCCCUCGGCCUCCAGCCCCAACACACAUCUGAUCUAGUCUCAACCUUCCUCGCGCAAUGGCGUACGAAAGGCGUCAAAGGCCACUUCGUCGAGCACUCUGACUCAGAAUUAGCGCCAUUCUUACACGUCGAUGAUCGAGCGGCAGAGCUGAUGGCACCGAUCGUGGGCGCGAAGACGUCUGAGGUGGCUGUCAUGGGGACGCUGACUGGGAACUUGCAUUUGUUGAUGGCGAGCUUCUACCGGCCAAAGAAAGAGCCAGGUGGGAGGUGGAAGAUCAUGUUGGAAGGCAAGGCAUUUCCCAGCGAUCAUUUUGCGGUGGAGAGUCAGCUGCAGCAUUGGGGCCUGAAGCCGGAGAAGGCGAUGGUUCUGCUAGAGCCGAGAGAUAUAGAGAGGCCAGUGCUGCGGACGGAGGACAUCCUGCGGAAGAUUGACGAGCACGCAGAGGAGCUAGCGUUGGUGCUGCUGCCGGGGAUUCAGUUCUAUACGGGACAGCUGUUCGAUGUGAAGACCAUCACUGCUCAUGCACAAUCGAAGGGCAUCUUGGUGGGCUGGGAUAUGGCUCACGCAGCCGGCAACGUGGACCUGCAGCUGCAUGAGUGGAAUGUCGACUUUGCUGCAUGGUGCACGUACAAGUAUUUGAACUGUGGCCCUGGGGCGAUGGGCGCGAUCUUUGUCCACGAGCGGUAUGGGCGGCCGUCUGAAGGAGGCGAGCACGAGAACUGGCCCAGGUUGACAGGCUGGUGGGGAGAUGACAAGAGUGGAAGAUUUGAGAUGACUAACAAUUUCAAAGCCCGCCCAGGCGCCGCAGGCUUCCAAGUGAGCAAUCCUAGCGCUUUGGACCUAGCUGCGGUGGUCUCCUCACUCCAGAUCUUCAACGAGACCAGUAUGAACGCAUUGAGGCAACGCUCCGUCGAGCUGACAGGAUUCCUCGAGACGCUUUUGGGUGUGCUGCAGCAUGAGACGCCGGACCAGUUCACUAUAAUUACGCCAGAAGACCCAAGACAACGUGGUGCGCAGCUAAGUGUGAAGCUGAAGAACUCCGUUAUGCUUGAACCCGUGCUCGAGGUCCUCGAUGACAAGGGUGUCAUCAUAGAUGAACGCAAGCCAGAUGUAAUCCGAGUCGCUCCUGCGCCGCUGUACAACACUUUCGAAGAUGUGUGGAAUUUCUACCAAAUCUUCAAGGAAGCCUGUUCGCAUGCUCGUAUCAAACUCGGCAUUCAUACGCCUCCACGAUCCGAAUCCUCCACAGCCCCAUCAGAUUCAUCCAGGGUCAAUCCAUGA